AAUAGAUGAAAACAACUCCUACACCUAUUUAACUCCACUUAUUUUAAUGGCCUGUUUAUUUAAUUUAUAAUUCACAUCGAACAAUAUUAUUGUUUUUCUAUUCGAAAUACAAUGUAAUUUAAAUAGGGAUUAUCACAAAUUUGCCAUCAGGUGAAAGUUUUUUUUAGGGAAUAACAUUGUAGUUGGAGUUUUGAAUAAGAUACUUAGCUGUAAUUUAUAAACAAAAUCAAUUAAUUUGUCAAUUCACCAAAUAUGAUAAUGCUUAAUUGUUAUCGAAAUCCAAUUUUAUUAGGUCAAUAUGGAUUAGAUCAUAGCUCAAGGUUAGAAAGGUAAUUAUUAUAAUACUAUGUUAGGGUUUAACAGAACCAAUUUAACUUCUAUAUAAAUACAUUUCAUUGUGAAUGCUUCAUUGAAUUGAGCAUUAAAAGCAAUUAUGUUCCAGUCAUUUUAUUGAAACUUAAGGAUGAUAGCUGGGGAAUCGAAUUGAUUUUUCUUGGAUAUAUAUCCCCUCCCUCUGAAGACUAUGAUCCCGAUGCACUCUUGCAAUAGAUUUUAUGCGAAAUACUCAAUCCUAAGGAAGAGAGCAAGAAACUAGAUAUAUCUCAGGAGAUAAUCAUUACUUAUUAUUAAGACGAUUUGUGAUUUUAUUAUGGAGCAUUUGAUUUAAGUAUCGCUUAUUUUUCUUAUAAUGGCU